UCACACACAGAAGCAAAAUCGUUUAGCGAAGAUUUUUUUAUUUUAUUUUAUUUUGGUGGAGGCUGCUUCCUUCUCCUAAAAGAAGAAUAAUCUCUUACAAAUCCUUGAAGCGAAGAAACUUUGGUGUUAGGGUUUAUCUCUCUAUCUGUUGGCGAUGGCAAGUAGUUGAAUUCAAAUUAUUUGGUGGUAACUAGUAGUUUGCAGCAAGUCAUAGGCGUUGGAAAUGAGUGGUUUGGGGAGGAAACAUGUUUCUAAAUGGGACUCUAAGGAAGACACACAUCAUCAUCAUCCUAGCGUAGAUGUAACAUCAGGUUCUCAUUACCGUGACAAGGAUCCACAGCCUGUCCUGUUCAACGCAGGCAGUAAUGCAAAUGCAAGUAGGAGGUCUUCGGAAGAUCAGCACUCCAGUCAAGCUAGGACUAGAGGCAGAGUUUCACAGAAUAACGAUAACAGUUAUUAUUCUGAACAAGAUGAGACUAGGCAGCAAUUUUCACAUAGGAGUGAUAGUAGAAGUUAUAGCAGAAGUAGAAGCCGUAGCAGAAGCCCUGUCUUUAGACCAAGGCGAGAUCAUGCAGGAUCUUAUGACAGACACAAGGAGACCAGAACACGAGAUGAGUUCAACAAGCCAGGCAGUGAUUAUGGUUGGGAAGAUAAAGCUAGUAGAAAGCCAAGGGAGACAAGAUAUCACGCAAAUGAUUUCAGAGGUGCAAGGUCUUCAGACUAUGAUGAUACUGAGGAACGUUCUAGAAGGGAGCAUUUACAUGACGGCGUUUCAGACCCGAGGUUGAGAAGACAAGGAAGCGAGCUGACAGGAGAGAAAGAAACGCAACCAAGAGGUGGUGAUGGUGAGGGACGGUUCCGCAGGAGCUCGGAGAUACCCUGCAAGUUUUUCGCAGCAGGGAACUGUCGUAAUGGCCAUCAUUGCAGGUUCUCUCAUCAUCGUGGUGUUGAUAGAAAGCAGCCUCAAGAGAACCAGAACAGCUUUUAUAGACAGGACAGCAACUAUCACAGUGGUCAUAAUAGAUGGAACGGUGAUGAAAGAUUGGAUAAUGGAAAGCUCAGUAAAGGGACUUGUGAAACUAAGGGUAGUAGCUGGAUUGGUGACAUGGAGAUGUCUCCAGAUUGGAACUAUAGUGCUCAUAACUUGAAAAAACGUAUGAAAGAAGAGCCUGGUGUUGGUCAGAGUUCAAAGUCUCGAGUUGAUGAUCAGAGGAGCAGUGGUAUGUAUUCAUAUGGUGGCAACAAACCCAUGCUUGAGAAACCUAUAGUAGCUGAUUCUCAUCAGAACUACAACAAUGUGGUGAAUACUGCUCCUCCAGUUCAAGCUUAUAAUCAAAAUCAUCAUGAUGUAUUGCCGUACCAAAACUCGCCAACCCCUGGAGGAACUCAACACCAAGUGAUAGCUGCUGCUGCUGCUGCUGCUGCUACAGAUUUCUCAGUAGGCUUGAACUUUAGAAACCCCGAGAGCGUAAAAGCUUAUAAUGAUAAUCAUCAUUCAAUGGUGGAGAAAGCUGUUCCGGCUCAAAGUAGUGUGACCAGGGAACAAAAAGAUCAGCUUAGCAACAUCUCAGCAACUAUAGCGCAGCUUCUUGCAAAUGCACAGCCCAUUCCACAGCUUACACAAGCACUGCAGAUGCACUUGCAUUCAGAAUCUUCCAUGGCUGUUCAACCAAAUCAUGCUACUACUCAGAGUAACAACCCAUUUGGGAUGAGCACUGACACUGCGACUGCAUCACAGGCAACCAAUGUCGAUGGGGUUCAGGAACUGCCGGUAAACCCCAAGGCUUCUGAGGAAAACGGAGACACAAAGACCACUGACGAAGCUAGUAAACAAGAAGAGUUUAAGAAAGCUGGAGAAGAUGUCAAAGAAGCUGAUAACAUUGUAGAUGAAGAUGAUGAUGAUGGGAGCGAUGAAGAAGAAGAAGAAGAAGAAGACAAGAAAGAGAUGAAAGACCCGAAAGGAAUGAGGACGUUCAAGUUUGCGCUUGUUGAGAUUGUGAAGGAGCUUCUGAAACCAGCUUGGAAAGAAGGUAAGAUGAAGAAAGAUGGUUACAAGAACAUAGUGAAGAAAGUAGUUGAGAAAGUGACUGGCUCUAUGCAAAGUGGAAACGUUCCUCAAACACAGGAGAAGAUUGACCAUUAUCUAUCCGCUUCCAAACCGAAGCUUACAAAGCUCGUUCAGGCAUAUAUCAGUAAAGCCAAGAAGACGUAAAUUAAUUUCAUCUCUUGCCAUCAUCAUUAACCUUAUCUGGAACUGUAUUCUUAAAACCUGCUUAGUCUUUAAAGGAAGAUGAAGUGACGACCAUCUCUCAGUUCUGUAGAUAUACCAUAAGAGAUUUUUGUCCUGAAUGUUCCUUUUUCUUUUUCCGACAUGGUGAUAUGGUCCAGUCACAUAGACCAAGGAAUGUGUUCUGUCUUUUUAUAGAAACUUAGACCAGAUUUUCAGUGA